UACAAGAAUAAGACGACGACAACAACGCAACCCAGUAUAUGAGAGACUGAGGUGAAAUGCAACUUUAAAGAUGAUGUUUAUUAAGGAGGAGAGUGAGGACACGUGUGAUCCAGAGCCAUGCACAAUAGAUAAUAAGCACCAAGAAGGCCUCGUGGAAGUGAAAGAGGAAAGUCCAAUUCUGAAUGAAGUGGAGGAGAAGAAUCAGCAUCAUCUCACUGGAGAAAAAUCAUUGACUUGCUCCCAAACUGAAAACAAUUUCUCACAAAGCGGCACUCAAUCAAGAGUCAAAAAGCCUUUCACCUGCUCUCUGUGUGGAAAACAUUGUGCCCAUAAAGGUCACCUUAACGAUCACAUGUUAACUCACACCGGAGAGAAGCCAUUCGCUUGCCCUCAGUGUGGAAGGAGAUUCUCCCGCAGAAGAAAACUUAAUGAUCACAUACUAAUUCACAAUGAAGAGAAGCCUUUCGUCUGUCCUCAGUGUGGAAAGAGGUACAAACGUAACGAACACUUUCAAAUUCACUUACUAGGUCACGAUAGAGGCAAACCCUUCACCUGCUCUCAAUGUGGAAAGAGUUUCAGUUAUAAACGAAGCUUUAAUGAUCACAUCAAAAUUCACACUGGAGAGCGUCUGCACACGUGCCUUCAGUGUGGAAAGAGUUUCCUGAAUAAAGGACACCUUAAGGAACACACAAAAAUCCACAGCGGAGAGCGACCUUUCGCCUGCUCUCAGUGUGGAAAGAGCUUCAUCAGUAAACAGAACGUUACAUCUCACAUGAGAAUUCAUACUGAAGAGAAGCCUUUUAAAUGCCUUCAGUGUGGAAAGGGUUUUGCGUGGGCAAGCUGUCUGAAAACCCAUAUGCGCCACUCUCACUCUGAAGAAAGGGAGUUUACCUGUGAGCACUGCAAUAAAACCUUUGUUUUAGAGUCAUACCUAAAGAGACACUUGAAAAUUCAUCAAAACGAGAAACCUUUUGUCUGUUCGUUUUGCGGGAAAAGUUUUUUAUGGCUUCUGUGUUUUAAAGCACACCAGAAAAUACAUGAGGGUGUGAAAACCCAUGUCUGCUCAGAGUGUGGGAGAGCCUUUACUACAGCCGAUUAUUUGACAAAACACCAAAAAGUCCAUACGGGAGAACGGCCGUACAUGUGCUUAUAUUGUGGAAAGAGUUUCAGUAAGAAAGCAAACCUGGGAGAACAUGUAAGACUGCAUACUGGAGAGAAGCCGUACACCUGCGCUCAGUGUGGAUGCAGCUUCACCUCAGCAAAAGGUUUAAGUUAUCACAGAGAAAAGCAGUGUUCCCAAAGUGUGCCAAAUUCAUGCUCAGUUGAAAUCCAGGUAGUGUCAGAUAUGCCCAAAGAUUGCAUUUCUACCAAAAAAGCAAUUACAUCUACAACAUUUAGUGGCGAAUAAGCUCUCAUUCAAUGUAAAUGGCAGAAGAAAGUUUGUGCAUCUAGUACUUUAUUGUUAAAGAAAACUUAAGGUAAAGAAUGAAAUCAGAAAACCAAGGGAGUGAGAGUGGAGUCUGGAAAACUGUACAUUUUUUAUAAUACAUAAAUGUAAAUGUAGAUGUUAUGUAGCUCCGCCUCAUUGUCUUCUGUCUUCCCACUGCGUGAAGGUAUGGGUCGUACGAAUUUAUGAAUGAACCGCUCGUUUUAAAUUUUUAACAAAUGUCAGUUGACAUCUGCUUCUAACAUUACAAUGCAAGUGAUAACUUCUGUUAACUCUACAAUAAGUACAUCCACUUCAGUUACUUUUCAACAGUGAUGCUGUAGAGCUACUGCAGAAACAGAAGUUCAAAGAAAAAAAUCUAAAGAUGGUUGUGCACUUGUUUCUCUGACACAUAAGGUCUAGAGAUAUAAAAUAUAUUUAGGAAGGGCCAAGCAUAAACAGUAUGCAUGCCUAGAGGAAUACAUUAAAAAACAAGCAUUUUUGUGCUUAAUUUAUUUUAUUUAUUUAUUUUUUUUAAAUAAAUUUUAUUCCAAAGAAAAAUUGUCCUGGUCAAAAAUAUAUACAAACUUUGCUGAUGAUUCAAUCAAAUUCAAAGACCCUGAAUAGAAAAUAAUAUACUAAGCAUUUAAAUUAGAUUCUAAAGCAUUUAAAUAAUAAAAAUAAUGAAACAUGCAAUUUAAAUGCGACUUUCUUUUUGUAUACUUUCAUUUUGUUCCUUUUAACAGUUUUUCUUUUUCUUCUCUUUUGGUGCUACUCUUUCAUGGAAGUAAAUAUAAAAAUUAAUGUAUUUACAAAAUAUGAUUACUCAUACUCUUUGGCAUGUUACACAGAAUUACUCGUGUUUGUAAAUGUUUAAUGUACUGUAAUAAAAAC